AAUGAAAGAAACUGCUGUUCUAAAUGUGUCCACUAGAUGUUGCAAUAGCAAUUCUUUGUUUCUUUGUAGAUUAUGCUACAUGUGUAAAAUAAAAUAAUAAACCACAUUAGUGUACCAGUCGAAGAAGAUGAGCAAACUACAUCAUAAUUUGAUUUUUAUUUAUUUUUAUAUCUUGAUAAAUUGAAAAUUAACACCAAUGUGCUGACUGAUGAGCAUUAUCACAUCAUUUAUUCAGAAGGUAUAAAUAACGACAAAUAAAAGUUGGAAUACUAUUAACCGCAACAUGUAAGUGUAAAAAAACAUUAUGAUUUGUGUAUUUUCAGAAUGUGCUUGUUCUCUUUUUAAACCCAAAAAAAAGAAAACACACAAUCUGAAGUUGUCUUUAUUUUUAAGUUAUUGUGCCGUGAUUUUACCAGUCCGGCCCACUUGGGUGUGGAUUUUUCUCCAUGUGGCCCCCGAUCUAAAAUGAGUUUGACACCACUGCUUUAGAGUAUUUAUGUUGCAAUAACAUGAAAUGUCCACAUAGUGGCAGUAACAUUUUUAUUUCCCAAGAGAAAGCCGCAAAUAUGGCGGACUAAACGUCUAUAUUGUCGAUUGAAUCGGAGAAAUAAAAGAUGAGUAUGCAUGUUGUCGAUUUUUACAAGGAAAGCAUUGCGUCCGUUCUUGUAUUGGCUUUGUCAGAUUGUGCUGCUUGUCCACACUUCUUCCAGGCUCGUCUGACGGGUCGGUCCUGCUCGACAAUUUCGACAUUGGAUCUUGUUUAGCAAACAGAUUGCUGUGUUAAACGUGGCAUUGGGAAAAAUAACAUGCGGUUGACAGAAGGCAGACCCUGCUUCUUGCAUAUAGGCUUUCUCCAAACAAAUAUUUUCCAUUGAGGGCCACAUACAGAAAGAAAUAUGUUUGAUUCUACUAAUCCACGGGAGGGGGGGCAUAAAAACAAGCUGCAGGCUGCAAAUGUUUCUGCAGACUGAAUACUUGGAUUGCGCUGAAGUCGACGUCCUAUAAAGCAGUGGUUCUCAAAUGGGGGUACUUGAAGGUAUGCCGAGGGGUACGUGAGAUUUUUUUUAAAUAUUCUAAAAAUAGCAACAAUUCAAAAAUCCUUUAUAAAUAUAUUUUUUGAAUAAUACUUCAACAAAAUUUGAAUGUAAGUUCAUAAACUUGGAAAAGAAAUACAACAAUGCAAUAUUCAGUGUUGACAGCUAGACUUUUUGUGGACAUGUUCCAUAAAUAUUGAUGUUAAAGAUUUCUUUUUUUGUGAAGAAAUGUAUAGAAUUAAGUUGAUGAAUCCAGAUGGAUCUCUAUUACAAUCCCCAAAGUUGAUGAUUACUUCUAUGUGUAGAAAUCUGUAUUUAGAAUUGAAUCACUUGUUUAUUUUUCAACACGUUUUUUGUUAUUUUAUAUAUAUUUUUUUCAAAUAGUUCAAGAAAGACCACUACUGUUAUACAAUUUAAUAAAUCAGAAACCGAUGACAUAGUGCAGGGGUGUCAAACUCAAAUACGGAGUGGGCCAAAAUUUUAAACGGAACAAAGCCGCGGGCCAAGGUUGAACAAAUUAACCUUUUAAUAGGGACCCAAACAAGUUUUGCAUUAAAUAUUGAACAACAAGGCUUAUAUAACUUUAGUGACAUGCAAAAUGGUUUCAAUAAAUAAUAAUAAUAAUUAAAAGAAUAUCAAUGGCAUAUCAAAUAAAAUUUAAAUAAAAAUUGUAUGUCUUUUUUUCUAUUUGCAAUCUUCUGAGGUAAAUAUAGUUUUUUUUCCACGGGCUGAUAAUAAAUUUGAAAAUAAAAUAACAAUAAUGAAUGAACCAAACAUUCAAGCCUUGAACUAGCAAGAGAAAAUGCAUGAAUAAAACGUUAACUAUUGGUCAGUUUGCUGGAAAUUUCCCGGAAGAGUUAGUGCUGCAAGGGUUUCUGGGUAUUUGUUCUGUUGUUUUACGUUGCGGAUGUUCACCCAAAAUGUGUUUGUCAUUCUUGUUUGGUGUGUGUUCACAGUGUGGCGCAUAUUUGUAACAGUGCCAAAGUUGUUCAUACAGCCACCCACAGUGUGACCUGUAUGGCUGUUGACCAAGUGUGCCUUGCAUUCAUGUGUGCGUGUGUGUGUGUGUGUGUGUGUGUGUGUGUGUGUGUGUAAAAGCCACAAAUAUUUUGUGACACGCUGUUAGUAUGGAGGAAAAGCGGACGUGACGACAGGUUGUAGAGAACGCUAAAGGCAGUGCCUUAAAUGCACGCCCCCAAUAUAGUUGUCCAGGUGGAAAUCUGUAGAAAUUCGGGAGAAUGGUUGCCCCGGGAGAUUUUCAGGAGGGGCACUGAACUUCGGGAGUCUAUCGGGAAAAUUAGGAGGGUUGGCAAGUAUGAGUAUUAGCGGUGAAUGCGGUGUUACAGCGGCACCGACGCUGUUUAACACCGGCGGGCCAGCUCUAAUGCUAAAUUGAUAUUGCCUCAAGGGCCAAAUUAAAUUACACGGCGGGCCAGAGUUUGACACCCAUGACAUUGUGCUUUAUUUUACUUCUUUAUCUCUUUUUUUCAACCAAAAAUGCUUUGCUCUUAAUAGGGGGUACUUGAAUUAAAAAAAUGUUCACAGGGGGUACAUCACUGAAAAAAGGUUGAGAACCACUGCUCUAAACGAAAGGCAGCACAGUGCAAUUUGUGAUCCUGGAAAACCAUCACUGCAUUUGCAAAAUAUCUGCUGCAAUAUUUGAGAUCUGUUUUAGCUGUGCCAUGCAGUUCGUUGCAAAUGACUGUAUUGAUUUGUAGAAGGUCUGUAGUGCGUCCUUGGAGAGCAUCACUUGCCACACCCUUGACAGUGUCGUCUCUCCUGCGCAUGCGCGCCAGCGUGCUGACUGGGUUGCUUCAGAAUGUCUCCUUUGCAGCGCCAGUGUGACUCAUUAGCGGUGUCUGGUCGUAAUAUAGCCAUCAAAAAGUGAGCAGGCCCCUUCUCUCUUCUGAGAAUUCGGAGCGAACCGGCUUUCACUGUAGCGCGACUCUCUCAAAACAGCACCAAGCUACCGAGAAGCGGAGGAGAAAAAUCGAAAGUUGGGUGCUUUAGUUUCAAUGUAAAAUAUGUCAAGAAAAAUAAGUAAGUGUUGAUAAACGCUAAUCGCACUGCUGGAUUUUUAAUGACGAUGUUUAUACAUUGAACAACUUAAUACAACGAGUGAUGCUUUGUUGUAAUGAAUACAAAAGGCUUUCUUCAGAAUAGACAAGCUUUACUUUGAAGUUCACAGGCGGAAGUGUGCUUGAGAAGACAUCCCAGGCCAGAGCGGCUAGGCGGCUAGCAGGGAGUCCGCUGCUGCCGUCUCAACAUGGAGUAGCACAAGCCGCUCGUCCUCUGCCCACAAGCGGACCCCGCCGAGAGGAUUACACGCUUCCCAGUCGCCCGCGAAUGAUAGGACGGCCGAUGCUUUUGUAGCUGGAAAAGGGACUGUUUUAUUUGAAAGAUGGCGAACGACUCCCCAGCUAAAAGUCUGGUAGACAUCGACUUGGCUUCACUGCGGGACCCGGCCGGGAUAUUUGAAUUGGUGGAGGUGGUUGGAAAUGGCACCUACGGACAAGUCUACAAGGGACGACAUGUCAAGACUGGGCAGCUGGCCGCCAUCAAGGUCAUGGACGUCACAGAGGAUGAAGAAGAGGAAAUUAAAUUGGAGAUUAACAUGCUGAAGAAGUAUUCCCAUCACAGAAACAUCGCCACCUACUACGGGGCUUUCAUUAAAAAGAGUCCACCAGGACAUGAUGACCAGCUUUGGUUGGUGAUGGAGUUCUGCGGAGCUGGUUCCAUCACAGACCUGGUGAAGAACACCAAGGGGAACCAGUUGAAGGAAGACUGGAUUGCCUACAUCUCCAGAGAAAUCCUUAGAGGUUUAGCCCACUUACACGCCCACCAUGUCAUCCACCGAGACAUCAAGGGCCAAAAUGUCCUGUUGACUGAAAAUGCUGAAGUGAAACUAGUGGACUUUGGUGUGAGUGCCCAGCUGGAUCGCACUGUGGGCCGGAGAAACACCUUCAUUGGUACUCCAUACUGGAUGGCCCCCGAAGUCAUUGCCUGCGACGAAAACCCUGAUGCUACAUAUGACUACAGAAGUGACCUGUGGUCUUGCGGCAUUACAGCAAUUGAGAUGGCUGAAGGAGCGCCACCGCUUUGUGACAUGCACCCAAUGAGAGCACUCUUCCUGAUUCCAAGAAACCCCCCUCCGAGGCUCAAAUCCAAGAAAUGGUCCAAAAAGUUUUUCAGUUUCAUCGAGGGCUGUCUUGUGAAGAACUACACACAGCGGCCGCCAACAGAACAGCUGCUCAAACACCCCUUUAUCCGAGACCAACCCAAUGAGAGGCAGGUCCGGAUUCAGCUGAAAGACCACAUUGAUCGCACCAAGAAGAAGAGGGGCGAAAAAGACGAGACUGAGUACGAGUACAGUGGCAGUGAGGAGGAGGAGGAGGAUCCCCCGGAGCAGGAGGGAGAACCAAGCUCCAUCGUUAAUGUGCCGGGUGAGUCCACGCUGCGCAGAGACUUCAUCCGCCUGCAGCAGGAAAACAAGGAGAGGUCAGAGGCACUUCGUCGUCAGCAGCUCCUGCAGGAGCAGCAGCUCCGCGAACAGGAGGAGUACAAGCGCCAACUACUGGCAGAGAGGCAGAAGCGUAUUGAACAGCAGAAGGAGCAACGACGGCGACUGGAGGAGCAACAAAGACGCGAACGUGAGAUGAGACGGCAACAAGAGCGGGAUCAGCGUCGGCGAGAGCAGGAGGAGAAGAGACGCAUUGAGGAAAUGGAUCGCAGGCGCAAAGAGGAAGAAGAGCGCAGGCGUGCUGAGGACGAGAAAAGGAGGAAUGAUCGUGAACAGGAGUACAUCCGCCGGCAGUUAGAGGAGGAGCAGAGACACUUGGAGAUGCUACAGGAGCAGCUGUUGCGUGAACAGGCUAUGUUGUUGGAGUUCAAGUGGCGCGAGCUAGAGGAGCAGCGCAAGGCUGAGCGGCUUCACAAGCGGCUGCAGGAGGAACAGGUUUACCUGCUGUCACUCCAGCGUGCAUCCCAACAGCAGAUUGACGACGAGUCCAAACUGCCCGCAGUCCGCGUCAAAACUCCUCCAACGACCACCCUGCCCCUUGACAGAGUCCUCCCCCAGCGACCCCAAGCUGUGGUUCUUGACAGUUUUGUUGCCACAGGCUCUUCUGAGAUGUCUGGUGUGCCACAGGCGAUGCACCCUGACUGCGUUAAAGCUCAGGCAGCUGUGUUGGAGCAAAGUGACCAUGACGAGAACUCUGGUAGUCCCAGCCCCCCUCAUGAGUCCACCCCUUCCCUGGAAGAACAUGCUGCAUCCGAUACACCAGUCAUUCAACCUCCACAGCUUAUCAGAGAGGCUGACGAGCGGUACCGUAAGAACAUACAGGGCUCCCCUCAGACCGCCCCUCCUCCCAAGCAGCCCCCUCUGCCUCCCCGCUCAGUUGAACCCUUCUCCAACGGUAGCUCAUCUGAGGUCUCCGCCAUGCACCGGCCCAUGGAGCCUCAGGUCCAGUGGUCUCACCUUGCCGCUCUUAAGAGUAGCAACAGUGCCGCCCCUUCUCCGCCUCCUCCGCCCAUGGUCGCUCGCUCGCAGUCCUUCAGUGAGCCCGGUGGUGUUACUGCUAACUUUGCACAGCUCCACAUGCGCUCCCAGGAGCCCCACCAUCACCACCCAUCGCCUGCCCGUACUGACUCCCAGCCCCAACCUCCCCUACACCAGCCUCAGGCCCCACCUAGUGACGAAGUGCCACCCAAGGUACCCGUGAGAACAACGUCUCGAUCUCCUGUACUGUCGCGCCGAGAGUCUCCGCUACCAUCCCAGCCGAGCGGGCAGAGGAAUGUAUCUGGCAACGUGGACCACCGCCCUCUGUGGGACCGUGUGGAGAAAUUGCAGCCUCGGCCUGGCAGCGGCAGCUCCUCUGGUUCCUCCAACUCCAGCUCCCAGGCCAGUCCUGGGGACCGCUUCAGGCCACGCUCAUCGUCCAAAUCUGAAGGUUCACCCCUCCAACGCCCUGAGGGUGUUCCCAAAAAAAACGACGAAAAGAACUUGGCCAGGCCCACUAGACCUGCUGACCUGACAGCCCUCGCCAAGGAGCUCCGUGCAGUGGACGACGUGCGACCUCCCCACAAAGUGACUGACUACUCUUCCUCAAGUGAGGACUCUGGCACCACCGAUGAGGAAGACGAUGAAGAAGUAGAUCAGGAGGCGGGAGAGGAAUCCACCUCGGGUGCUGAAGACUCUCGGUCCUCUCAUGGUUUCCACAGGAGGCUGAGUAAUGGAGAAAGUGGGUCCGCCAAAACAAUGCUGGUUGAAGACUCUGAGAGCGAGCAGUCCACUACUCCCUCAAAGGAUGGUACGCUGGUCAUCAGACAGAGCACCGCUGACAUAAAGCGGUUGAUCAGUCUCUCUUCCGGUCAUCCCCAAACCCCAAGCCACAGCUUCCAAGAGAAAAAUGGCUUUGUUGGCCGCAUUCACCACCUGCCAGACCUUAUCCAGCAGAGCCAUCACUCCCCAUCCUCUUCCACAUCCAUCCUUUCCUCCCCCUCCUCCUCUUCCUCCUCCUUCUCAUCAUCUCCUAGCCAUGCCAGUCUGGCCAUGUCCUCACAGAACCCCCUGGACAAGCUUGUUGCCAUUGAGAGCCAGUCGGAGAGUAAUUCCAUGUCCAAACACAAAUCAUCUUCCUCCUUCACUCCCUUCAUCGACCCUCGCCUUCUCCAGAUCUCCCCAUCCAGCGGCAGCUCCCUCAACAACAUGGCUGGAUUUGGGCAGGAUGUACGUCUCGCAGACCCACUGAGGUCUGACCCGUCGCGCAAAGGCUCGGUGGUUAAUGUCAACCCGGUCAACACACGUCCUCCCAGCGACACGCCAGAGAUCCGGAAGUAUAAGAAGCGCUUCAACUCUGAGAUCCUGUGCGCUGCCCUUUGGGGUGUCAACCUGCUGGUCGGGACCGAGAGCGGCCUGAUGCUGCUGGAUCGCAGCGGUCAGGGGAAAGUGUAUCCCCUCAUCAACCGGCGCCGCAUCCAGCAAAUGGACGUCCUGGAGGGUCUCAAUGUCCUGGUUACUAUAUCAGGCAAAAAGAACAAGCUGCGAGUUUAUUAUCUGUCAUGGCUUCGUAACAAGAUUCUGCAUAAUGACCCAGAGGUGGAGAAGAAACAGGGCUGGGUUAAUGUGGGCGACCUGGAGGGAUGCGUCCACUACAAAGUUGUAAAAUACGAGAGGAUUAAAUUCUUAGUGCUGGCUUUGAAGAACUCUGUGGAGGUUUACGCUUGGGCCCCCAAACCCUACCACAAGUUCAUGGCCUUCAAGUCAUUUGGUGACCUGGUGCACAAGCCUCUGCUGGUGGACCUGACUGUGGAGGAGGGUCAGAGGUUAAAGGUCAUCUAUGGCUCCUGCUCAGGCUUCCAUGCUGUGGAUGUGGACUCAGGCGCCGUUUAUGACAUCUACCUGCCCACUCACAUCCAGACCAGCAUCCAGUGCCACGCCAUCAUCAUCCUGCCCAACACCGAUGGCAUCGAGCUGCUUGUGUGCUACGAGGACGAGGGCGUCUACGUCAACACCUACGGGCGCAUCACCAAGGACGUGGUGCUGCAGUGGGGGGAGAUGCCCACUUCAGUGGCCUACAUUAGGUCCAACCAGAUCAUGGGCUGGGGCGAGAAGGCCAUAGAGAUCCGCUCAGUGGAGACCGGCCACCUGGAUGGCGUCUUUAUGCACAAGAGAGCCCAGAGACUGAAGUUCCUGUGCGAGCGGAACGACAAGGUCUUCUUCGCCUCGGUGCGAGCGGGCGGAGCUAGUCAGGUGUACUUCAUGACCCUGGGACGCACCUCCCUCAUGAGCUGGUAGUUCCUGUGACGACGACGAUGAUGAUGAUGAUGAUGCUUGCUCUCUCCUGUUCGGACCAACAUCCGUCGUAAUGAAUAGCCAGCGGUGGGCGGGGUGCUGCGUUCUGUGUGUGUGUGUGUGUGUGUGUGUGUGUGUGUGUGUGUGUGUGUGUGUGUGUGUGUGUGUGUGUGUGUGUGUGUGUGUGUGUGUGUGUGUGCGCGCGCGUGUGCACGAGCGUUUUAUAGUCCACUAUAUAUGAGCCAAGCCUGCCUCCUCCCCUCGACCUUACUGGGAUGUGAUCAUGUUUGGUGAGCUCACGCAGCCUCGCAUCUGCUGCGUGUGUGCGUGUGCCAGCUGGGCAUGUGCACAGCUGCGUGUGUGCGUGUGCCAGCUGGGCAUGUGCACAGCUGCGUGUGUGCGUGUGCCAGCUGGGCAUGUGCACAGCUGCGUGUGUGCGUGUGCCAGCUGUGUGCGUGUGCCAGCUGGGCAUGUGCACAGCUGCGUGUGUGCGUGUGCCAGCUGUGUGCGUGCAUGCGUGGGCCAGCUGUGUGCGUGCAUGCGUGUGCCAGCUGGGCAUGUGCACAGCUGCGUGUGUGCGUGUGCCAGCUGUGUGCGUGCGUGCGUGGGCCAGCUGUGUGCGUGCAUGCGUGUGCCAGCUGGGCAUGUGCACAGCUGCGUGUGUGCGUGUGCCAGCUGUGUGCGUGCGUGCGUGUGCCAGCUGGGCAUGUGCCAGCUGUGUGCGUGUGCCAGCUGGGCAUGUGCACAGCUGCGUGCGUGCGUGUGCCAGCUGGGCAUGUGCACAGCUGCGUGUGUGCGUGUGCCAGCUGGGCAUGUGCACAGCUGAGGACCAACCACGCACACGCCACUCACCCUCUGCUUUCUUGCGGGGUUUUUUCUGGUUUUUUUUUUUGAAAAACCCUGGUUUGCCUUGUUUAAGGUGUUCUGGUGGACCGCGGUGAUCACGACAGGGUAAGAUUAUCAGCUCCACCACCUUCCAAGCAUGGUCCACAACCUUCUCAUACACUGUACAUGUUCUGUGUGACGGCUGCACGGGAAGAUUUGUCUCCUUUUCACUCUUUUCCUGGGGCGUCCUUCACAACUGUGAAUUAGAUUUGCAGAGUCAGCAGGUGACCAGGAAGGAAGUUGAGUGCAUGAGACCUGACAGGACAGUCUGUAGCGUCUAAGUUCAGGUUGCCUUAUUAAUAAAAGGUUUGACCGAGCCUAAAAGUUGAAGGAAGGCUUUAGUCGAAUACAACUAUGGACCUUAUAUUGACCGAGUUGCGCCUCGGUCUGUUUCCUCUUAAUAUUCCCCGUGGAAAUGGACAAUGGCGCUGUGGUCCGUCGCUGGAAGCAUGCGGCGGUGGACAACAUCCCUGCUCCCACAACUUCCCCUGCUCGGCAGCACGGGCGGUGCCUUCACUGACCUUACAGAGAGAAAGAGAAAGAAGUGUUCCAAAACCACUCCAGAUGAUGACAAAACAAGUGGCAUAUUUUUAACCCGGACUUAGUUUUUAGUCUCGACCACGUUUCCCGUCUAACUAAGUGACUGCUGUGGUUUUUAAAUAGUCAUGCACACGUUAAGUUGAAAAUGUUUACACAAAGUCAUUGUUUUGUCAACCAAUGUGCAUCAAUAUGAAUAUUUAUGGAUCAUUUGAGGGCAGUUUUUUCUGUUUUUUGUAUUUUGUAUUCCCUUUUUGUACGUUGAUUUAGACAGCUGUGUACAGGAAUAAACGGACUUUUGCUCCCAUGUGAUAUUACUGACACCAAUCCAGACUUCACUGGUUCUGCAGCAUUAUGCUCAGUGUUUUCUUUUACUUCCACCUACCUGUUUCUUUUCUCACCUCUAAGUAUGUCCUCUGUGUACGUUAGCAAUUACUGUAUUUUCCUCAAGGUCUUUUUUUUUCCAUGGAAUAAAAUCUGAAAUAAUUUACAA